CUCUCCUCCAGUAUAUAGAAACCCUAGCCCUAGAGGAGUAGGAGGUGAGCCGCCAUCCGCCGCCAUGACGACCCGCUUCAAGAAGAACAGGAAGAAGAGGGGCCACGUCAGCGCUGGCCACGGCCGCAUAGGGAAGCACCGCAAGCACCCUGGUGGACGCGGAAACGCAGGAGGCAUGCACCACCACCGCAUCCUCUUCGACAAGUACCACCCGGGGUACUUCGGCAAGGUCGGCAUGCGCCACUUCCACCACCUCCGCAACAAGUACCACUGCCCCAUCGUCAACGUCGAUAGCCUCUGGUCCCUCGUCCCAGACGACGUCAAGGAUGGCGCCUCCAAGGAUGGCAGCGGCGCCAGUGCCCCGCUCAUCGACGUCACUCAGUUCGGCUACUUCAAGGUCCUCGGAAAGGGGGAGUUGCCGCAGGGCCGCCCUAUCGUCGUCAAGGCCAAGCUCAUCUCGAAGAUCGCUGAGAAGAAGAUCAAGGCUGGAGGCGGUGCCGUAGUGCUCACUGCUUGAUCCUGUCGGUUUGAACGAUCACUCCAUGCAUUUCGUAUAUUUCAACUUGAUACGUUGCUGUUCAGUAAGAACUCAUCAGGAAUGAGUUAGAUUCCAAUUUUCAGAGUUAUCUGUAGACAAAUAUUAGAUAAAAAUUGGGUUUUUUUUACACGUUGAGGUUCUUAAAAACUGAGCUUGCUGCUUGUUUGUUGUGUCAAAUAUUAACUUGCUGCUGUUCUGAUUGUAGAAAUUCUGGAUCAACAACAAUUUCUUUGC